AUGGUGAAGUUGCUGCCUGCCCAGGAGGCAGCCAAGAUCUACCAUACCAACUAUGUGCGCAACUCGAGGGCUGUGGGUGUGAUGUGGGGCACGCUCACCAUCUGCUUCUCGGUACUGGUCAUGGCCCUCUUCAUCCAGCCCUACUGGAUUGGUGACAGUGUUAACACACCCCAGGCAGGCUACUUUGGCCUUUUCUCCUACUGUGUGGGCAACGUGCUGUCCUCUGAACUCAUCUGCAAGGGUGGCCCGCUGGACUUCUCCUCCAUUCCCUCUAGAGCCUUCAAGACUGCCAUGUUUUUUGUGGCCUUGGCCAUGUUCCUCAUCAUUGGCUCCAUCAUCUGCUUUAGCCUCUUCUUCGUCUGCAACACGGCCACGGUCUACAAGAUCUGCGCAUGGAUGCAGCUGGCUGCAGCCACAGGCCUGAUGAUUGGCUGCCUGGUCUACCCAGAUGGUUGGGACUCAAGUGAGGUGCGGCGCAUGUGUGGGGAGCAGACGGGCAAGUACACACUGGGUCAGUGCACCAUCCGCUGGGCCUUCAUGCUGGCCAUCCUCAGCAUCGGAGACGCCCUCAUCCUCUCCUUCCUGGCCUUUGUGCUGGGCUACCGGCAGGACAAGCUCCUUCCUGAUGACUACAAGGCAGAUGGAAAAGGUAACUCGCCAUCCCCCAGGGAGGUGGGGCUUCCUCUCAGCCAGUCCCCAGAGGAUUGGUCCCUGGCCAGGGGUUGGGGACAUCAAGACCAAUUAGACACAGCCCUUAUUCCAGAGGCCAAGGGCCAGUGGGGUUUUGCAAGCCAGCAGGUGAUGAGGUAA